AUGAGGAUAUUACCGGUAAGCGGAGGAGGUGCUUUCUGCCUCCUGCUUGUGUUUGUUCUCUGUACGGCGGCCCAUUCUCUCGGCCGUGACAUCGAUGUAGUUGGCUAUGCCGAAAGCAGCAAGAUCAAGGACCACCGUGCAUUCUCAGGACUUGGAGUAACUAUAGAAUGCAAAGCGGCCGAGACAAAAGGGCAGUUUAUUAAAAGAGGAAGCGGCGAAGUUGACGAAACAGGAAAGUUUAGUCUCAAUAUACCUCAUGACAUUGUUGGAGAAGACGGAAAGCUAAAAGAAGCUUGUUAUGCUAAGCUUCACAGCGCUUCCGGAAACCCUUGCCCGACCCACGAUGGCCUCGAAGCCUCUAAGAUCGUGUUUUUAUCGAACACCGGAGAAAAACACGUUUUGGGUCUCAAACAAAAUCUGAAGUUCUCGCCAGAAGUUUGCGUCUCAAACUUCUUUUGGCAUAUGCCAAAGUUUUCUUUGCCUCAUCUGCCACCCUUUCCUAAGAUCAAAAAGCCUUGUCCCCCAAAGAUAAACCUUCCACCAUUCCUUCCAAUUUACAAGCCACCGGUCGUGAUCCCCAAGAAACCGUGUCCACCAAAGAUCUCACACAAGCCUAUCUACAAGCCUGUGCCAAUCUAUAAGCCACCGGUACCUAUCUACAAACCUCCGGUGCCUAUUUACAAGCCACCCGUUGUGAUUCCAAAGAAGCCAUGUCCACCACUUCCCAAGCCGAUCUACAAGCCCCCUGUGCCUAUCUACAAACCGAUAUACAAGCCGCCGGUGGUGAUCCCGAAGAUACCGUGUCCGCCUAAAGCUCCAGUGCCUAUCUACAAACCGAUAUACAAGCCUCCAGUACCCAUCUACAAACCGAUAUACAAGCCUCCAGUACCCAUCUACAAGCCGCCGGUGGUGAUCCCAAAGAAGCCGUGUCCACCACUUCCCAAGCUUCCGCCUUUUCCACCUAAAUACAUUCCACACCCUAAGUUCGGGAAAUGGCCUCCUUUCCCUUCUCAUCCUUGA